CGGCCGAGCUGCGGUGUCGACACGCCGGUGACGGAUCAUAAGCGAUACAAGUUUCACGGCCUCAUGAUCAGCAUCUCCUGGACAGGAAGCGUGUCUUAAUUCUGGCGUUUGCUUCCAUCCGGUUUGGGAACUAAAAUUGCAAGGCCGUCCAGCAGCAAGCAACCUUGGUAGCUUGAUUCUGCUUUGAGCGCUCGAAGCGCGAGCAUCCGGGCCCCGGACCACGACCAUGUCUACCAGAAGCAGCAAUGAUGGCUGGGGACGACGGAGCCUACUCGCUCUCUCUUCUCUGAAAUCCUCGGCGCCGUCACAUGUUGCCACCGCGAGCGCAAAUGCCGCGGAAGUUUCGGCGAGGCCUGGUACGGGGCGGAGUCAGGACAGCAGACAUUUACGGAGCUCAAGUUGGUUCAACGAUCGGGUCCAUCGGGAUCAUUCUCGACCUAGUAGCUCUCAUCGCUUAGCGACACUGCCUUCGAACUCAUCAUCUCUUUCCCUACAGCAAUCGGCUUCGCAGCAACAGCAGCAGCUAGCGCUGCCCCAACAGCCGACGCACAGCCGCCAGAAUAGUCGACCUUCACUGGGUGGGAAAGGUGGCAAGUCACGGCCGCCUUCUAUGUUUGGAUCUCUCAAGGACCACAUUCGACACAUCGACGCAGAAGAUAGCCAAUAUGACGGUCGGGACGAGCCGUUGUCUGCGUCUUCGACUGGCGCUUCAUCUUCAUUCGGCAAUGAGCAUCCGAUCGAUGCGUCUACGAUCCCGCGAGCGGUCUUGCUGCAUGGCGAAGUUCAGACCAGUGCGGGCAUGUUUCGCAAAAAGAAGGAGUACCUUGUUCUGACCGAAUGGACGCUUCUUCGCUACAAGUCCCACACGAAAGCCGCAGAGGCGUUCAGGUCGAUAUCGCAGACAGCCGGUCGGACUCCCCUGGUCAAGCACGGAUCGGUGCAGUCGAUAGGCUCGCAUUCGGAUAUGCAAACGCUGUCAGACUCUUCCGGCGAUCGGGAGGGUAAAAUCUUCCUGAGCCAGAUAGUCGCGGUUCACAAGCUCGAGGACGGGAAACCCUACUUCGCGCUCGAAAUUUGCCAUAUGGAUGAGGAAUCCGGCCACGCAUCUGCAAUGUCACUACAGUUCAACAAUUCCGAGGAUAGGGAUACCUGGUUGCGGACGCUCCGCAUCGCCGCCCAUGAGGUCCGACUACGAGGUCCGACCUAUCUUUCGCCGUCCAAUCUGGAGCAUACUGCCUGGGUCAUCGAGCGCGACCAGGAUUAUGAUCCGAAUAAUUGCGCCAUCUUCAAAGUCGUCCUACGGCAAGCCACGUCCAAAACCAGCAGCAGAUCUUCCACGGAAGAUUUCAGCAAACUUGCAUCCUCAAUGUGCUUUCUUGCCGUUGGCGUACACAAAGUCCACAUCGUGCAGCUCGCGAAGCCAGCGAGCCGGACCUCAAGUCACCUGUCCAUCUCAACCGAUGCACAUGUAUCUUAUGGUAUCUUAACCAUAACCGGCAUGCACGUCAGCGCCGUCGACGACGAAUUCCAGCUAACUUUUCGGGAACCCCUCCAGCGUUCUCGAACACUGUUCCUAGCUUCAGUGUCUGCACAGGAGAUUGUUGCGCGACUCUAUGCUGCUGAAAAUUAUCUGCGCCCAGAAUGCUGCCACCGCUUGUACAAAUUCAACACCCCUCGCGAGAUGGACGCCUUGUUAGGCCCGCGGGCGCUCUCCAGUGAUGAAGAACAUAGCUGCCUGGAUCGGACCUUGUCUGCAUACUGCGUCGCGUAUGGUGUCAAUCCGGCGAACAUCCGGUAUACAAUCGACUAUGCCUGCGAGGAUGCUCCGCGCUUCGAACUGCUGUCGCCAGCCGAUGCACGACGACCCAAAUAUCUACCUCUCGAGCUUCUCGCAAUCAUGCGCGCACUACGAUACAAUGAGAGCUUUGGCGGCAUCUCCUUUGCUGGGGUUUCACUAGAUAGCCUGAAUGGUGCGCACGAUCCUUUCGGUACCGAACUUGUCUGUACCCGGACCAAACGCGGCACACCCAUCAAAUUAAGUGCGGAGGAGUUGACUCGAGCAUCGAUGCUGGUCCAAGAGAUCCGCGCGCUAGCUGCGCUGAGCCGAAAGCUGCGCUACCUGGACUUUUCAGGAUGCAUUACGUCGUCCAACAGGCGGCGCGAUCACAGUCGAACACCGGCCUCGUCGCCCGAGGAUGAAAUGGUGCCGGCCCGUGACAUCGGCUGCGGGAUCGUGGAGGCGCUUUUCCCUCUCUGCAAACAUCAGACCACGAACGUUGACUGGAUCUGUUUGAACGGCAUCGAGCUGAGUGAGAUGGACAUCGACUACCUCGUCGGGGCAGCGGUGGACAAGUCGUGUCAUUUCCGCGCCAUCGAACUCAAUCGUUGCGGACUCGGCGAUCGGAGCAUGAGUCUGAUCUUGGAUGCUCUGCGGUAUCAGGAAAACACUUUGGAAUCGUUGGAAAUUGCCGGGAAUACCGCACGACUCAAUCCGGCGUCACUCGAUGGGCAGCUGGGCAUAUUCGGCUUCAUUCGAAAACUGAACCUCUCUCAAGUGUCUGUGACUUCGGGCAACGAGCCCCUGAUCCAAGCGGAGACGCUGUUGAUUUGGCGGCUCCAGGAGCUACGCUUCACAGGCACCACCAUCAACGAUGCGACGGUCGACGCCAUCAGCACUUAUCUUGGGCAUCCCCAAUCCGCCGGUCUUCGGCAACUGUGCGUGGACAAUACGUAUAUCACCGGCAGAGGCGUGGCCACUCUCCUCUAUAGUCUAGCGGGGUCUGACGACGAAGUUGCACGGGAACUCCACCUGGACAUCAGUCAGAGUCUUUUGAACAAAGACGGCGACCUCGUCGCUUCCGCCAUUUCCGAGUCUCGGACGCCCUCCCAGCUGAGCAUGCGCGCCAUCGAGUUUCGCGACGAAGGCGUCUUCCGUAAAAUUAUCGCAGCAUUCGCCGCGAAUCGUACGACCCGCUAUCUCGACAUGUCCCAAGCCGGACUACCCGGGGAUGCCAGCGAAGAUACUUGCCGCGCCCUGCAGAAGAUGUUCAGAGAGAACCACACGAUUGUGGAAUUGGAUCUCUCUGGCGACGAUUCGCGCUUGGCUGCAUCCAAAUUCGGCCCAGGAAUCAACACUGCUUUGUCGGGUCUGGCGCAAAACUCCGCUCUUCAAGUCUUGCGGAUGGAAAAGCAGAAACUCGGCGUGCAAGGCGCCAGUGCGCUCGCCGAGGUCCUGAUUACGAAUAACACACUUACCGAACUCCAUUGCGAUAACAAUGAGAUCCCACUACAAGGUCUCACGGACCUCGUCAAUUCAGUAGAAGAGGCCAACACAACUCUAGUUCACCUGCCUCAUAUGACAGAUGGCCGCAGUGCCGCAGUCCGAGCCGCGAAAGCUUCCAUCAAGGCCAUGGCCGAUAUGGACACGCCAGGCUCGUCGCCACCUUCGUCGCCUAUCACAGCGAAGCCUUCCGGCGCAGGCUUCUCUGGCGCUUCAAAUGCGGUCCGAAAGGGUUUCAAUAGUGUAAGGAAGACGGCACGGCGAUCUGGCUCGCCUUCUCUGGCGAUAGGGAAAAGCCGGUUGUCACAUGGAUCAAGCACAAACGCCUCGAAUUCCAAAUCUUCCUCAACGCCCUCCACAAACGCUGCUAACCAUGGCAACAAGCAUGCCGGCCGAGGCGAACCCGCUACGACGUCGACCAAGGGUGGAGCACCACCACCAUCCCUCCAAGUCAACGUCCCGAGUCACUCUACUUCCACUGCGACUGCUCAUGUCAGCAAAGGCAGCAGAAUGGCGUCCCCACUCUCCGCAACAGCAACCUCGGUGUCAUUCUCGCCAGCCCAGUACGUCCAAGAUCCAAGCCGCAUACUCGUGGAACAAUGGGACCGGCAAUGCGCCCGACUAGACGAGCUCCUCCUCCGCAACUGGCAAUUGCUCCACGGCGUGAAUCCCGCCCACCCAGCCGCCGAGCCCGACAACGCCCAAGCCGGCUUCCCUCCCUCCGAUCACGGCAUCUCGUCAUCGUUCAACAAGCCCGGCAACAGCCACGCCAAUGCUUCCUUCCGCAGAGACUCGGACGGCGGCCCUCCCCAGACCUUCCUCUCCCCUCUACCCCUCGAACUCCUCCACUAUGAUUUCCACGCACCCCUGUCUAUCCCCAGCGCCGGCAGCGUGAACAGCGGCGCGGACGCGACCCCGCGGGCGGAGAAGACGGGGUAUUUCGAUCCGGCGCCGCCGGUGGGGAGUCCGAUCGAGACGUCGGCGCGGUAGGAUGGGGAUUCGGGGAGAGAAUGGUGCGAUGACGAUCUGGUCCACCCGGGCUUUUUCUCCUCACCCAACGGCGGCAUGAUGACUUUCGACUUUUUGUCUUCUUUCUUGUCAUUUCUUUGUUUUUGUUUUUUUUUCUUCCUUUUGCUGCUUCUGAAUUGCCUUCCUCCUCUCAUUAAUGAGGAUGUAACGACUGUACAUGUGGGAAAAUCUAUCUAGCUAUUCGCUUCUCCUCCUAAGCACAAUGUUUGCCUUUCGUUCUGCGGUCUUCUCAGGUCGUCGAGAUCGUUUCGAGAAACUUCCAAUCUUUCAUCCCUGGGUUCGCAUUCUUCUUUUCCCUGCCCAUGCUCUCGGGGUUUUUUCUGGUUUGAUGGGCUUGGAAGGGUACCUCCCUUCAGUAAGUAAGCUCUCCAUCUACGGAUGGUGUGCCUCUCGGAACG